GGCAGUUAGUAUCCCGAGAGCGGUUGUAGUUAGUAGUGGUGAGUGCGCUGAGCUGCGGCGGUUCACUCAGUGUCGUGUUGUGGCGGACCUGCCUGCUGGGUUAGCUCGCGCUCCUCACGUGACAUAGUGUGGAAGAGUGCGAGUUUCCACACGUGCUCCCUCUCUCACUCUCUUCUCUUUCCCGUACUUUCACGGAAUCAACAGAUCGGGAGUGCCGGAUAUCCUGUAGUACCGUUGUGUGUAGCAGCCGUUGGGGCAAAAUUAUCAAGAAAGACUAAGUAAUGAAUUAGAUUUCGUCGGAAUCUCAUCAAGAAACGUCCAUUCAUCAUAAGCAAGACCGGCGGAGUGUCGUGCGGACUGGACUCUCCUAGAUUCGGAAUAAAAAAGGAAAAAGAAGAAGAAGAAAACACAGCCUAUUCUUCUCGCUGUUUGAGCCCGGUUAUCUCAGAGCGCGAUAGUUGGAGCGCCGAAGACAAGCGCCUUAUCGGGAAACCUCCUGCGCCGCGACGAGUGACAAUAUCUCGUCUGACAACCUCUCCCCCCCCCCCUCCUCCUCCCCCUGGGUGUCGAAGCCCCGUGGGAGACGACUGUGACCCGAGGUGAGGUCACGGGAGAAGGACGUUUGUGAUAGACCGGAGACCCUGGGGACUAACCCGGCGUGAGUGGCCUGCGUCAUGCGGUGCGCCUCGGCACGCUUCCUCAGGCAUGCCUUCGACCUGCUUCUGUACACGUCAGUGGCAGCAGCCCUGGCUCUGACCUUACUGGGCGUGGUGAAUCCAGCCAGCACCAAGAUAUCCUGUGAUGACCCUUCCAUCAGGAUGCCCUACAGUGGCGACACCAUCACUGUCACCAUGCUUAUUGUGGUCACCCUCAUCGUCCCAUUUUUUGUUAUGACAAUUGUGGAAUGGGCAGUCCCUCCCUCUGGUCAAAGCUCCCCCCCGCUGCGUGAAGGUCUUAGCCGUAGCUGGAGCUACACUGGGGACAUUUUUGUUGGGGGUCUCUUCAUGUUCUUCCUCAAUGAUCUUGCAAAGACCACUGUCGGUGAGCCAAGACCACACUUCUGGGAUACCUGUAGGCCGAACAUAACAGCAGAGCAGUGCAGACAACCAUUUGUGAUUCUCUCAUGGCGUGAUUGCACGAACCCCCUGAAGCAGUCACAUCCUCGCCUCAUAGAUUCCAUGAAAUCGUUUCCAUCUGGUCAUGCAUCUUUAUCUGUCUUCUCAUCCAUAUUUAUGAUGGUAUACAUCAAGCAAAGAAUAUGGGGACGUUCAUCUCGGCUGUUGGCACCAUGGAUACAACUACUGUGGGCAGUGUGGACCUUGUAUUGCUGUCAGUCCCGUAUAGCAGACAACCGACAUCACUGGUGGGAUGUUCUAGCUGGAGGCAUUUUAGGGGCAGUGAGUUCCUUUUUAACGCUGCACUAUUUUUCAAACUGGUUCAAGAGAGAGGAUGACUUAGGAGUCCCAGGUGACCCAGGUUACCAUCGUCAGGAGGAGAGAGCUUCUCGUUAUUCCCGUACCUCAAUCAAACGUCUGAUUUCAAGUAAUUCAGACAUGGAUAACCACAAUGACCUUCGUUUAGGUGACCGGGAACUAAGAGACAUUAAUGGCACACCAUAGCUGAUAUUGUAAUAUGUUUUAGUCACAAAUCUAACAUUUAAUUGCAGUAUGUGUAUAUAUAUUACGUCUACUUUUAAGUUUGUAAGAUAUGAUUAAAAGCCUAUAUUUUUGUAAUGUACGUAUGUUUACCUCUGUUCUGUGUAAUGAAAUUAUCUCCACAGUUUUACUGACCAUUGGAUGAAGCCAGUAACAUUAUUAUUACUUUUAUUUAUUUUAAAUAAAAGUAUUAGUAUUUAGUAUUUUCACCACAUGAAAAUAUUAUUUAGAUAACACGUGUUAAUUAUGUAAUAAAAAGGUGAAGUAUUAUAAUUGUAUUGUAUAUUUCAUUAAUUUGUAUAAUGUCUGGAAAUCCUACAGGCAAUAGGAUGACAGUAAUAUUGAUUGUAAGAAUUAAAACUUGAUUUACUAUGUUUUUUUAUCUGCGAAGUUUGAAUAUAUGUAACCAUUUCUGCUGAAGUACUUUAUAAUAUUCAUAUUUGUGGGGGACUAUAUAUAAAUAAUAUAUAUAUAU